AUGCCUGCCCUCCCAGGAGACAAACAAGCCGCCGAACGGGAACCCCACCGACAGCGCACCGCUGGCACAUGGGGGUCUGAGCGUCCCCGACAGAAACAACACCGGAAGGCCGAUAUGGAUGAACCACCGGCACCAACCAAGCCCCCAAGCGGAUUCCCCCACCCAAAAACACAACGAAACCACUCCACUCCCACCGAUCACAGCAAACACAGCCGCAAGGACAGAGCAGCAAAGCUGCCCCAGCCGUGCGUCAGAAUCCGGCACAAGCAGCUAAAACAAAGCAACAGACGCGACCCCGCCGAUCCUGCCGUGCCCGGCGCGAAAGCAGCACGACCCACCACGCCCCGGCCCUGCACCGUCCACGGGCCGCCGAGAGGAGGACGGCCACACCGGUCGCGACCCGCCCCCCCCCCCGCCACCAAACACCAAGCAACCCUCCACUUCCAAACCGCCCCAGCGCAUGAUGCACCGCACUGCGCACCACCGGCACCUGUCCCAACAAAGCAAAGCCACACCCCCGACCCGGGGGGCAUCCCAAAGGGGCCCCACGACGCCCGCAACCAGCCCACAACCACCAAAACCUGGCACCGAAAGACGAGGCACGCCCCAACACCCUGCAGAACCGAAGCACCCCGGCCGGCACCACAAAAGAACCGAUGCCCAGCGUCCAGCCCCACCCAGCAGCAGCACAGUUUCCAUCCAGCAACAGACCCCAGGGCUAGACCCGCCAGCUACCCCACUCCGAGCGCCCUCCCGAGCCCCCCAGGAUGCCCCAACCAGCCCCCGCGCCCAAUAGAACGCACCCUACAGCCCCCCACUACACUAGGUGAUGGAGCUGAUCAAGGGAGCCCAGAGAGAUCGGUCUGA